AUGAAAAAUAGUCGAAUUGAUCAAGACAUUGUGUUGCAGCAUAAAAAAGAAGUUGAGUAUUGGAGAAAUGUGCCUAAAAGAACUGUCGCAGCAAUUAAGUUUAUUUCUCAAAGAGGACUACCAUUUUUUGGAGAUGAUGAAAAGCUUAAUUCACCACAUAAUGGAAUAUUUUUAGGUAUAUUAGAGUGGAUUAGUGAAUUUGAUCCAUUUUUAUCAAAUCAUUUUACCACAUAUGGAAAUACAAAUCACAUUUUAUCUUAUACUGUAAGAAAACUGAUUGAUCUAAUGGCUAAUACAGUAUUGAAUCACAUAUUAAUGGAAGUUAAAUCUGCAAAAUAUUUUGGAAUUAUUGUAGAUUCCACACCCGACAUAACUCAUAAUGAUCAGAUGGCAUACGUGUUGAGAUAUGUUGAUGAAAGUGGUGAAGUGUUUGAACGUUUUAUUAAACUUGAAAAUAUUCAUGGUCAUACAGCAGAAUAUUUAUUUUCAACUAUAAAAGCUAUGUUUGAUAAAGUCGGACUUUACAUAAAAAACUGUGUUGGUCAGUCUUAUGACAACGCUGUUAGGUCCGGUAAAUAUACUGGACUCCAAGGCCGCAUUAAAGAGUUAUCUCCUGUAGCAACAUAUGUUCCAUGUGCUGCACAUUCAAUACAUUUGGUAGGAGUUAAUGCAGUUUCAUCAAGCACUACAACAGUAAACUAUUUUGGUGUUGUCCAAGCAUUAUAUGUAUUUUUUCUUCUUAACCUCGUAGUUGGGAAAUUUUGUGUGAAAGAUUAA